AUGCGGAACCACCAACGCAUGCAUGUACAAAGAGGUCACUUCAAGAAGGGAGAAUUCCCGCCGCUGCAGGUCCCGAUUGCCUCAUCUGCUUCUAAUGUUGAAGUAAAGAAUCAGCUCGCAGCAAAUCCUGAAGAUGGCGGUGAUGAAGGCGAGGACGGCGCAUGGGAGGACGGCGAAUGCGAGGCCCGCGAAGCCGGGAAUAGCGGAAGCGAGAGUUUGGGAGACGAAGAAGCUCAGAAACAAGGCGACCAUGGACGUGCACCUGACAAAAGAGACGUGCAUCAAAGAGACCUUGAGGCCGAGUCCAACGAUGAUGAAGCCCUGGUGUCAGAAGAUUUUGAUUAUGCUUCAGCUGCCAUGGUAGCCUCCUGGCUCGACAACAAGCCUUCGGAAAGCCAAGAGAGGCUUCGUAAAUGCCCACGGAGUGUGGAAAAAGGGCUCGUGAUUGGUGCAGAGGUGUGCCCAAACGGAGCGACGAUCUCUUUGGAAAACGGCGCGUUGAGGGAAAGACUUGAAAUCGUCAGCGUUCAAUUUCGAUGCAUAACAUGCCACUCGAGAUACCGGUUCAAACAGUUUAUCUGGAACCACUUCUUGAACGCAGAGGACAGUCAGGGAGUGUGCGCCGCUAACAUUUGCGUCAAGCCAUUGUGGGAAGGCACCAAAUUCUGCAGAGUGCAGUUCCUCCAGUGGAAGCCAGAGGACCUUGCCCUUGAUCAGCAAUCGAUUGUUGAGCUCAAACGCUUGUUCUCACUGGCCGCAUCCGAGCAGUGGUUCCCCUUGAGCAAAAUAGCAAAGGUCAUGAAGAAGGAGACCUCUGAGCAGAAAGCACUGCCCCCUGCGCGCCUUGUCAACAUUGACCUGGAGUUGUCGUUCACUGACCGUGAAGUGCUCCAGAUUGGCCUCGCCGAUAUGGACGGGGAAUGCGUACUUGAUUGUCUGCCCAAGUACAGCAAACCUCCAGCUGCGCGAUCCUCGUCAAGCCCAGUGCCAUUAUCUUUCCAGCAAAGGAUGUUCGGAAAAAAGUUCAAAUUAAUGCCAAGCAUCCACGGCACCCUGGAUUCGAAGGGCGUCUUGGCACAACUUGAUGAACACGGUAUCACACCAACCACAACGUUCGUCUCGUGGGCCAGUUGGCAUUUUGACCUCUCACUUCUCAGAGAAUGGCUCAAAAUAGAGGGGCAUCAUGAUGUGCUUCCCAACAACGAAGACCUCUGGUUACUCUUGAUGGAUUUCCGAGGCAACUUGGAACGGAUACUCGGCAGAAAAUGCUUUAACGGCCGCCGCUUCUCGCUCAAAUUGCCUUUCCUGUUCCCCCUCUUAUUCGGAGACGAACAUCCUCUGACGGGUCAUAAUCACAUUGCUCUUGUGGACGCCCGACAGCUGGCCCUAUUGACCAAUCUGUUCCUCGACCUGUGCAAGCCCCUCGAGGAGCGAGUUAUUCGGAAGGGCUCAGAAGCCCGGGUCCCGGGGUCCUCGCACAAGAGGCAGUUGAAGGUGGACGUCUUCUACGAUUCUUCUACGUCAGCCAAGAGGCAAAAGCUAUCCUGA